AUGUCGAGUCUGCAACUUCCCGACGUGAUUCUGGAGCGCAUAUUUCGCAUGCUGUCCAUGGACGAUUGGCGAUCCUGCGAAAAGACGUGUCGAAGGUUUUGGGUCUUUUUCGCUCGGAUCAUGUGGCCUCGGGUGAAGAGGUUGGAUAUCAACAAAACUCUGUCGAAGAGAUUCUUCGUAGACGAGCAUCGGCUCAACCUGAACCUUUUGCGGUAUUUGUUUCUCAAAUGCGUAGCACUGCGAAGCGUGUCGAUCGAUCCGUUGGGGAAGAACAAGUACCACUUUCAGGCGGUUUGCUGGAUCAGCCAUUCAUGCCUGGAACAGCUUUGUAACAUUUGCCCACUUCUAACGGAGCUGUGCUUCCGUUCUUGUGUAUUUUCUUCCUUUUACGUUUUUAAGUACCUCCAGCACCUUCCACCCACGCUGAAAGCACUCAAAGUCGAAUGGUGCCGGGUGGACGAAUCAGGACACGACGGGACAGUAGAUGGCGCCGUUUCGUCUAUCUUAAGCUGUUUACAUAAGCUGGAAACUUUCAGCUUACGUGGCACUUGUUACGGCACUUGCAGAAUGACGGACAGGUCACUAGAACGUCUGCCAACUUCGUUGAAAAUUAUUGAUUUAUCGGAAAAUUUUGAAACCAGGAUCGCCAACUUAAAUUGGUCCCGUUUCUUGUCUCGUCUACAGGAACUGCAUUUGGAGCGAGUCUCUGUUACCUCACAUGACCUGCAGUGCCUCUGCCAAUCUUGCCCUGACCUAAAGUCACUCACUUUAGCGUAUGCAGACCAGAUCAGCGACUUUUCCACGAUUGCUGUUUUACGCGAACUUCGGGGGCUCAAACUGGAUGGCAACCGAACACAUGUGAUCGACGAUGCGUUGGCGAAGAUCUGCAAUGGUUGUACCCGUCUCGUAUCGUUGUCUUUGGACUGUUGCUGCGCUCUGACGGUCUCUGGUAUAAAGAAUCUAGCCAAAUUGCCGCAGCUUGAGUUCCUAAACCUUAAUAGCAUCCGCUGCGUAAACGAUGAAUGCCUGGAAACCAUAUGUUCGAGUUGCACUCAUCUUUCUAAUCUGCAGAUCAAAUAUUGUAAGCAGUUAACCAUCCAGGGACUUCUUUGUUUGUUGAAACUUUCUCAGCUGGAGAGGGUCGGCCUCAGUGGCCAGGACGCCGUCGACGCCCAGUUGCUUGAUCAGCUUCGCUCGCUUCGAACGUUGAAAUGCAUUGAAACGGAAAACUGUCAGCAUCUGAAAUAG